AUGCCUCAAACGCGUCAGAUUCACGCCCAAGGUAACGUCCGGUUCAUGAAAAGCGCUUUCGUCCGGCAGACAUUGGGCGACCAAGUGCUCUGGACAGAAGAAGACAGGUCGGUUGCUGUCCGCGACGGGCAUGCGGUCACGAUCCGGAUCUAUCGUCCCAAAUCACAUCCUGGGCGCCGGCCUGUCAUGGUGUAUGCACACAGUGGAGGGUGGUGCAUGGGUGGACUUGACACGGAGGAGUUCAUCUGCCAACUCCUAUCGAUGAGGUUGGGGAUCAUCAUCGUCAGCGUUGCAUACCGCCUCGCGCCUGAAUGGUCAUAUCCCACCUGCGUUUUCGAUGUCUACGACGUUAUUAAAUGGGUAUCAGCGAACGCAAAGACGCUGGGCGGGGAUCUGUCCAAAGGCUUUCUCACGGGCGGCGCUUCAGCAGGUGGGAAUCUGACCAGUAUGGCCACCAUCAUGGCAAGGGACGACAAACUACAGCCUCCCCUCAGCGGCCAUCUCCUCAUCUGUACCGGCAUGCCGCAUGACUACACGGACAGGAAUGGAAACAAAGUGGUCCUCUUCCCAGGACAGUUGGCGAACGGGAGCUGGGAACGGUACAAGAACGGGCCGGUCGCGAAUCUGGAGAUGAACUUGCUCUAUGGACACAUCGCCAAGUUCGACGGCCAUGAACCCUAUAUGACCCCCUUCUCCCAGACAGACUACUCCGGACUUGGCCCGGUGUUCUAUCAAGUCGCCGAGAUGGAUAUCUGGAGGGACAGUGCCCUUCUCUACUGCGACAAGGUCAAGGAGGCAGGCGGCCAAGUCAAGGUGGAAGUCUAUCCCGGCCUCCCGCAUCUCUGGUGGUCCAUGUACCCGCAGCUAUCAAUCAACCAGAAGUGGAUUCACAAUCUGGUCAACGGCGUCGAGUGGCUGCUGAGCCAGACACGGGAGGCUCCUGUUUCCUCCAGACUCUAA